AUGUCUGCUUCUUGCUCAGCUUCAUCUACUGCUAGUAGCAACAGCGCUGCUAUAAUUGUUUUGGGAAUGGCAGGUUCAGGGAAGAGCACUUUUGUUCAGCGUGUUUCGUCAGUUUUACAUCAAAAAAAUACUCCACCGUAUUUGGUGAAUUUGGAUCCAGCUGUUACGACGGUUCCAUACCCCGUAAAUAUUGAUAUCCGGGAUACGGUGAAAUAUAAACAAGUAAUGAAUGAAUAUCAGUUAGGUCCAAACGGGGCUAUCAUGACAAGUUUAAAUCUUAUGUGCACCAAAUUUGAUCAGGUUGUAGAUAUCAUAAAAGCUCGAUUAGAACAAUGCUCUUAUUGUUUACUAGAUACUCCCGGUCAAAUUGAAGCUUUUGUAUGGUCGGCUUCGGGAACCAUUAUGACAGAUUUAUUAGCAUCUUCGUUUCCAACAAUGAUCGUAUUCGUUGUUGAUUCCGUACGUGCUACUAAUCCAACAACAUUUAUGUCGAAUAUGGUUUAUGCAUGUUCGAUUUUGUAUCGUACCAAGUUGCCUUUCAUUAUUGUUUUAAACAAGACCGAUAUUGUGAACCCGACGUUUGCAAAAAAGUGGAUGAGUGAUUUCGAAAGUUUCCAAGAGGCUUUGGAUCAAAAUUCAUCUUCAUUCAGAGACGAUUUAACUAGAUCUCUUAGUCUGGUACUGGAUCGAUUUUAUCAGGAGAUACCUACUGUAUCGGUUUCCUCACUUACCGGAGAGGGAAUUGAUGAUUUUCUGAAAGCAACAAAAGAUUGUAUUAAACAGUAUCAUGAAGUUUAUCGCCCAGUCUAUGAAAAGUUGUUAAAAGAUAAGGCGGAAAAUGUAGCAAGGAAAACAGCGGAGAGUUUUCAAAAACUAACCACUACAGAAAGAGUAGUAGAAAUUGCACCAGUUGUAGAACCUUCUCCAGAAAAUGAAAAAAUUCACAUAGGAGGAAAGGAUCAGGAAAAUUUGGAAGAUGCUAUGUUGUUGCGUUAG